CACCCCGCCCGACCUUCACCACCGCAAAGCGCCGAUCCGCCUUCUCGCCCCGCCCCGCCUGCUCCCUCCUGUUAGCCUUCAACCACCGCGACCAUGAUCUGCAGCUCGUGCGGCGAGGACUCGGUGGUCGAGAUGGACGCCCAGACCGUGUGCACCAUGUGCGGCACGGUCAUGUCGGAGAACGGCAUCGUGAGCGAGAUCACGUUCGGCGAGACGUCGGGCGGUGCGGCCAUGGUGCAGGGCAGCUACGUCGGAGCCGACCAGACUCGUGCUCGGGCCCCGGCCGGCUACCGUCAACGCGGCAUUGCGACGCAGGAGUCGAGGGAACAAACCCUUCUCAACGGCCGUCGCCGCAUCUUCGAGCUCGCCACCGGUCUGCGCCUUAGCGAGCACCUGUCGAACGUCGCGACCCGCUUCUUCAACCUCGCCGUCAACAGCAACUUUACCAAGGGCCGCCGCACGCAGUACGUCGCGGCGGCUUGCCUGUACGCGGCGACCCGGCAGGCCAACGGCACCCAGAUGCUCAUCGACUUCUCCGACCUCAUCGAGAUCAACGUCUUCGUCCUCGGCUCGACCUACCUCAAGCUCGUCCGAGAGCUGCACAUCAACGUCCCCGUCAUCGAUCCCGUCAUCUACAUCACCCGCUUUGCGGCCCUCCUCGACUUUGGCGACGAGACGCAGAAGGUGGCGCUCGACGCGACCCGCCUCGUCAACCGCAUGGGCCGCGACUGGAUGCAGAUUGGGCGCCGCCCGUCGGGCAUCUGCGGCGCGUGCCUCCUCCUCGCGGCGCGCAUGAACAACUUUCGCCGCUCGAUCGAGGAGAUCGUCCAGGUCGUCAAGAUCGCCGACGUCACGCUGCGCAAGCGCCUCGCCGAGUUCAAGGAGACGGCGAGCGGCAGCCUCACGGUCGCCGACUUUCGGUCCAUCUGGCUCGAGGAGACGCAGGACCCGCCGGCGUACACGCAGGGCAUCAAGCGCGAGGAGAAGGCGCGCGCGACCAAGUCGCGCAAGCUCCGCGACGACUCGGCCGCGUCCGAGGCGAGCAGCGGGCCCGGGCAGGACCCGGCCGACGAGGUGCUCGAGGGCGAGGGCCACGAGCAGUACGACGACGCGAUGCGCGACGAGAUGGCGACCUACCUCGGCUCGACCGUCGGCGCCACACUCGCCCACGAGCUCGACCAGCAGGACGCCAAGCGGCUCGCCAAGGUCUCGCAGACGCCGCCGUUCCAGCUCGACGAUAACGACCGCCUCGACGACCUCGACGAGGACGAGCUCGACGCCUUCAUCCUCACGCCCGAGGAGGUCGAGGUCAAGAAGCGGCUGUGGAUGAACGCCAACAAGGACUACCUGCGCGAGCUCGCCGAGAAGCAGACGGGCCCCGACGGCGAGCUCAAGCCCAUCUCGCAACGACCUCGCAAGCGCACCAAGCCUCGCGACGCCGAGACGGCGACGGGCCUCACUGCCGCCGACGCGACGACCAAGAUGCUCGAGAAGAAGAAGUUCUCCAAGAAGAUCAACUACGACGCGAUCCGCAACCUGUUCGAC